AUGGACUUGAGGAACGUAACAUAAGAACAAUCACGCCGCUCGCGCAUGCUGUGACGAAACUUUACACCUCGAAUUCGGACAUGCGUAUGUUUUACCUCAUAUUAUUUACAUUACUUAUGUGAAAUUUGGCUCGACAUACUCCCUGUUGGAAGCUUUCUUGAGGAUAUUUCUCCCCCGGUGCCAUGAAGGGACAGAUCUUUCACGUGUGCUGCCAAGUCAUCAUAACCCUUUUGGUGUUGACUGCCCCGGUCGUUCAGAGUGGGAAAGUUCUUGUCUUUGCAGUGGAUGGCAGUCACUGGGUCAACAUGAACAUCUUGGUGGAGGCCCUUCACGCCAAAGGUCAUAACAUCACAGUUAUCCGAAUGUCAGACAGCUGGUACAUCAAAGAAUUCUCACCUCACUACACAUCCAUCACUGUGAAUUCUCCUGGAGGGUUUGAUGAAGAGUCCUUCGAGAUGUUUGCAUCCAGACUUAUGGCAAUUCAAAGGGACGGCUCUACCUGGGCUCGACUGAGUGUGGAGAUCGAGAUGUGGCAAACUACUUUUGAGAUCACCGAAACUGAAAGCAACAUGAUAAAACAUAUGAUGGAAGACGAGGGUCUAAUGCAGUCUUUCAAAGAGACCAAGUAUGAUUUAAUGCUUACAGAUCCAUUAAUGUUUGGAGGUAUCCUGUUGGGGCACUACCUGAAAUUACCCAUCGUCUUCAAUGUCCGUUGGACGAUGUAUAAUGAAGGUCAUUUUGCGAUAGCCCCUUCACCGCUAUCUUACGUCCCCUCGCCAAUGCUGGAGUUAUCAGAUCGAAUGACCUUCUUUGAAAGAGUGAAAAAUGUUUUAAUGUACUUUGUAUAUGAAACACAGGGCGCUGUCCUGUUUGGUCCAUAUUAUAAUGCACUUUGCGAACAGUUUAUUGGACCCGGAGUAUCCUUCCUCAGCUUAAUUCAAAGCGCUGAUCUGUGGCUCCAUAGGGUUGAUUUUAUUUUUGAGUUUCCACGGCCCACUAUGCCAAACGUUGUCUACAUUGGUGGCUUUCAGUGCAAGCCAUCGAAGCCUCUUCCACAGGAUCUGGAGGACUUUGUGCAGAGCUCUGGAGAUCAUGGUGUCAUCGUCAUGUCUUUGGGAACUCUAGUUGGUCAGCUUCCUGAUGAUGUGGCCGAGGCCGUUGCUGAAGCUUUUGCAGAACUUCCACAGAAGGUCAUCUGGAGAUAUAAAGGAAGGAGACCAUCUGCACUGGGAAACAACACCUUAGUAAUGGACUGGAUACCUCAGAAUGAUCUUCUGGGUCAUCCUAAAACCAGAGCUUUUGUAGCUCAUGGUGGAACAAACGGUGUUCAAGAAGCCAUCUAUCAUGGGGUACCAAUCGUUGGAUUUGGGCUGAUCUUUGACCAGCCUGAUAAUCUUUCAAAGAUGAGAGUCAAGGGUGUAGCCAAGACCGUAGACUUUGGCACAGUGGACAAGAACUCUUUCCUUGAAACUGUCAAAGAGGUUCUUUAUGAACCCAGUUAUCGGGAGAACAUGCAGAGACUGUCAAGACUUCACAGAGAUGUUCCAGUCAAACCUCUGGACAACGCCAUCUUCUGGAUUGAGUUUGUCAUGAGGCACAAAGGUGCCGCUCAUUUACGCACAGAGUCGUACAAAAUGCCCUGGUACUCGUAUCAUUCUGUUGAUGUCAUACUGUUCUUGCUGUCUGCUGUGAUGCUCAUAACCCUGACCACAUAUGCAUUUAUCAGAUAUUUAUGCUGCAGAAUAUGUUUGAGAAAAACAAAAAACAAACUAGAAUGAUUUUUUAACAGAAACGUUUUUUUUACUGAUGUUGACUGCAAUGCACAAUUUCUCAAUUUACACAAUUUCUUUUAAAACUUUUCUGAACCUUUACUUACAUCCUAUGAUAUUAUUACAACACACAAGCUUGUAGUUUUUUAAACUUUUGUUACACCUAACAAAGGCUGACCUCAGUAUAAAUAUAAUUUUAUGUUAUAGAAAAAUGAAAAGAUAAAAAGGCAUUAAUGUCAAUGCAACUAUGUUCAGAAGUCUUAACAUUUGACUGUUAAAACAUUUAUGUUUGUACUCCUUGGUGUUGGAAUCACUGAUUCACUCAAGUCUUUCCAGAAAUCACUAUGUGGCAUUUCAUGUUUUAUUUUGUUUUGCUGAAAUAUGUAAUUUGCAGUACUGUUGUAGUUUUUCCCUACAUUUUAAUUUACAAGACAUGAAGUUUAAAUAACAUAAACAUGCUAUCUGGUUUAAUUAUUAUUUUAAAUAAUGUUGUAUAUGUUCAUAACUUGACAUGUUUAUAUUAAAUAUAUGUAAUAUUAAACUGCA